AUGGCGAGGGACGCGGCAGCCGGCGGCGGGGAGGCGCUCGCGGAGGCAGGGCCAAAUGCGGACCGCAUUGGGCUGGCUGACACAAUCAAGUCGUUUCACUAUCGCCUGCAGCAGCGCAUGUCCACCGACGCGGCUGUUUUGUCGUCGCAGGGGGCGGAAGCGCACGAAGACGAAGAGGCGCGUUGGUCGCGUAUUAUAGCCGGGGAGGGACAAAAUAUGAAGGUCUACGCGACCGCAAUGCAUGAUAUUGCGACCCGUUAUUGGGACCCGUGUCAAGAGGGGGAAGGGGCGACCGCGUGUGGGUUUCCUUCUCAGUCUGCCUCUGCUGCUGGCAGAGUAGCAAUUACCCGCUCCCGGCGUCCGCGGGACACGGUCCUGGAGGAGGCAGGUGAGCAGCAUGAGCAACCCACACUUGGGUCAUUGCGCUACAACGACCGCGUGGCGUACUCGUUGCACUGCGUGGCUGACUAUUACCUCGGCACCUGCGUGCCGCUCGCCAACACGGAGCAGCAGUUGCAGCGGCAUAAUGAGGCUCGUGAGUUAGACUCUUCCGAGGAAUGCGGUCAUCCCCGGCAUUCUUCGGUAGUUCCAUGCACGGCGGUUUAUGAGCGCAUUCCCCGUAUUGCAACGGCCACCAUAAAGGCAUGGCGUCGUGCCUUUUAUGCCGCUCGCGGCCGCCAAGCAACUGCAGCAGAAGUUGAAUCUGCGGCGUACGACGCACUUACACUACAUGGUUGUGAGGGGGAAAAGGGCAACGAAGCUGACACAAAUGUGCCGUCAGAGCCUCUACCUCACAAGAUUCUGCGAGCAAGCCACGUCCAAGGGACAUUGAGGGGGUCGGCGGCAUCAUUGGCUGGUCUUUACAUGUCUCUCACACGCGAUCUGGUAAGACGCCGUCGUUCCACAACUGGUGGCGACACUCCGCUGCAACCAGCUCUGCCGCUGCAGGUGCUCGACGUAGGCUCCUGUUACGGCCCGUUUAAAGGAAAAGUGGUCACGAACGGGGUGCUUCAGGUUCCCCUAGCAGUGACGGCAGUGGACCUGUGCCCCUUUGAGGACAGUGAUGUCCUGCAAGGGGACUGGCUUGCCGUGCGCUUUUACGAUGUCGGGGAGCGAAGGAAGGAAGAGGCGUCGGAAGCGGUGGAGGCAGGAGACAGCGACAUCAGCAGCAACAGGAGCAGCGGCAGUGUCAGGAAAUGUGCGACUGUGAAGAAGACGGAAUCGCUUGUCCGAGCCAACGCCAGCGCCAACGCCAACGCCGGGGGCGUGAGGAAAAUGCCUGGAGGGCCUCUUUGGGUGGCGCGUUGCCAAUUCGAUGUCGUAUUUUUCUGUCUGAUGCUAUCUUUUCUUCCGCAUCCUCGGUUGCGGUACCGCGCCUGUCUUCACGCCCACCUGGCCCUCAAGGAUGGAGGCUUGCUCGUGAUUGUGAGCACGCGCACGCAGUGCACCCGCCGCGGCUCCUGGAUAGACGACUGGAUCGCGUGUAUUGAGGGAAUAGGCUUCAAGCGGGUGCACAAGCACAUCAUGGGGCAGAUUGUGGGAAUGAGUUUUAGCAAGCAGGCGGCGCCGGAGAGCGUGGGCGACACGCUGGCGUGGAUUAGAGGCAUGAUGGCUCGCCCUGAGGCGGAGGGCGGCCUGCGCAUCCUUGGAGACGAGUCCCGCUAA